UUUUCUCGCAGUAGUGUAACGAGCCAGCCGACCGGAGUUGCUGAUAAUAGCCCUGUCAACAAACAGAUAAUGAACUGGAAACAUUCGCGGUUCUUUUUCAGAGGACUUGUGAUUUAGCACCGAAGAAGAAGACGUGCUUUUCUGCCGCCGUUGUUUGUUCGUGUCCACCGAAGUCGUCGGUCUUGAGUUUGUCUGAAAUCUCUCCGCUGUCCGAGGAUUAACACAAGACUGGACUCCGGAGAAGCGCUGCGAUAUCAACCCAAGUGUCAAAGUGUGGAUUAUGUCCCCGCAUCACAUGCGAACAUUUGUGUUUUGGAGCUUUCGGUGAUUGCGGGGGGAGGGUGGGGGGGACAGAAACACGAGAUUUAGUUUGAAGUCCGGACAGGAGCGGGGGACACUUGUUGAAAGGCAUUUUACCGAGCAAACCUUUGCCUAACUGCUCGGGAGCUUUGCUAACGAUAGUAGCAAGCUUUGCCAAUCGAGGUUUACAACUUUCUUCUACACCGGCGCUUAAUCUGAAACAGACUGCGUCUUGUACAUGCCUGUUAGGCUUUGACCUAUGUCGAGUGUCGAUAAAUUGGCAAAGUACGUUAGUGACAAACGUUGAUAUGGCACUGACAGCAGCUUAGCUAACUUGGCUAGCUGCAGCUGUUACUCGGCUCCAGCGUUGUUAGCAAUGACGGCUAACGUUAUGUUAAGAUUCAAACAAGUGGUUCGCUGGAAAUUUGUCAACAUGAAGUUCUGUCGUGCCUUUAACCUAUUUUAAUCGAUAGGUCAUUCUUGUCAAAAGUUAUUAGAGCAAACGUGCAAACACAAUUCGCGAAGGCUUGCUGUAGUCCUCUCUUUAGUCACAAGAAGGCAACUUUUAUAAACAAGAGCUUUAACGUUAGCUUAGCUCCGUUAGCUCCUAGCUCGGCUUACAACUACACUCUCAGCUGUGACACUGCAGCCAGCAGAGUUCACUCUGAAUUCACUUUGCCCCAAUAGUAUGUGUGUUGUGUUUUUAAAACAAUGAUGGGUUCAUCGCAGUGUUCACUGACAGGGUUUGGACAAUAGACCACCAGCACCGUGUAUCACUUUCACCCCGAGAAGCUGAAGUUGUAAACCUGCGGCCCGCACGAUGUCCGGCUCCCCGGGCACAGGUGGCUCCAACCCCAGGAAGUUUAGCGAGAAGAUAGCGCUGCACAACCAGAAGCAGGCAGAGGAGACGCGGGCCUUUGAACAGCUGAUGACAGACCUCACUGUAUCAAGGGUGCAGUUUCAGAAGGUCCAGCAGCUUCGUUUGACUCAGUCACGGGCGCAGUACUAUGGUUCUCUGCCCAACGUCAAUCAGAUUGGCAACACCAGCACCGAAUUCCAGGGUGGCUUCCAAUCUGGAUUGGAUUCGGUCAGAGGGACGCGCCACCAUGGGCUGGUCGAGAGGGUCCACAGGGACCGUAACCGCAUCAACUCUCCUCAUCGCCGACCCAUCGACAAGCACGGACGGCAGAUCGAGAGCUCUCCGUAUGGAGCCGUGUACCUGUCCCCACCUCUGGACAACAACUGGAGAAGGGAACAGCAGCCAUGGACCGAGGAAAAACGGCCUGGGUUUAGAUUAAUAUCACAACUCAACAGAACCAACUCAGACUCUGCUCUCCAUACAAGCGCCAUGAACCCAAACCCCCAGGACCCCUUUGGCAUGAACCAGCAGAUGGGCAGAGGUCCCCCCCAGCGCAACGCUAGUGUCAAUGAGGCAGAGGUGGACGGCUCUGGAAAUGUCUUCUCCUUCCCCACCCUGCCUACUAAUGAGGAGAAUCUAAUGGGGGUCAGUAAGCCCCUUCCCAAGCAGCUGUGGGAGGCCAAGAAGGUCCAGUCUCUGGCAUCAAGGCCUAAAUCGUGUGAAGUGCCUGGAAUCAAUAUAUUCCCCUCACAAGAGCAGAACCUCGGACUGUCCCAGUACCAGGGCUUGUUAAAUACCGGAGGUUCCCUGCCCGACCUCAGCAACCUGCACUUCACCUCACCACUCUCAACUCCGCUGGACCCCGAGGACAACGGAGGGUACCCCAACCUCAGCGGGGGCAGCAGCACCGGAAACCUACCGGCUGCCAUGAUGCACUUGGGCAUCGGCAACUCACAGGGUCUCUCCUCCUCUCUGAGCAAUCCCUCAAUUCAGGCGUCCCUCAACAACUGCCAGCUGCAGUCAUCGCUCAGCAAUCCCUCCAUCAACUCAUCCCUGCGUCUGUCCAGCAACUCCCCCCGGCGGCGGCCCGCUCCCAUCAGCCCCCUCACCCUGUCCCCUGGCACUGAGCAGCGCAGGGGUCUGGCCAAGCAACUGUCCCCCACCAUGUCCCCCUCGCUGUCCCCCAUCACACAGGGAGUUGCUUUGGAUACCAGCAACAUGCCAAGGGAGCCGCCCCCACCCUAUCCACUCUACCAACAACCCCAGCAUGCAGUGGACCAGGGCCGGCAACGGCAACACCAGCAACAGCAGCAGCAGCAGCCUGUGUCCCCCCACCAGAGCAUCCCACUGGACUUCAACACGAGCCAGCACAACAACAUGGCGACACUCUUCAACGACCCCUUCAUGGAGCCGCAGUUCUCCAAUCGUCAGACCAAGACACACCCCUAUCAGUUGGACCAGUUCAGUCUGUUGGAAAACGCCAUGAGCUCCACAGCUGGGGGUUCUUGCUUCGACCCCACCUCCACUUCCUCCUUGCUCUACUACUCCCAGGCUGCCCUCUCGGGGCUGGGUGGCAGCCAUGGCAGCCUGCAGGACCCAGUGCACACAAGGUCCAACAUGCUGUACUCCAACUGUAGCGGAGGACUGCCCAACAUCAUCCUCACGGAUGACUCCAACCCCAGUCUGUCAAAGGACAUCAGCAGUGGGCUCUCCACGGUGCCCGAGUGUUUUGACUCAGAGGGAGGCUUCCCAUUGGAGGACGAGCUGCGCAUCGAGCCACUCAGCCUGGAUGGUCUGAGCAUGCUCAGUGAUCCUGACAUGGUGCUGCCGGACCCAUCUGUGGAGGAUACUUUCCGCAGUGACAGACUCUGAACAUAAGGAACGUCACAGGUCCCAAGAAAGACCACACGCACGCAGGCACACACACACACACACACAGAUGGACUUGCAGUGUAUAGAGUGUACAAAUCUAAAUAUGCAUGUAGACAAUCUACAGGGCCACUGUGCAUGCAGCCACUGCCACUAAGAUUCAGUCAAUGUGAAAGACACAAUCAUGCACACCAUGUACACAUUAAUGCGCGCACACACACACACAUUAAAGCGCCCAAGCCCCCCCCCCCCCCCCAAACCAAAAACACUCGCACAGACAUGUGACACGAUCCAGCGAGAAGCCAAAGCCCUCCCGCUUCCCUCUCUCUCAUCUCCAGCUCACAGCCCCCCUGAAGCCAUGGCAACCUCAUCACCAUGGUUACACACCAUAGCAACCCCAUCGCCAUGCUGAAGGGGAAUGCCAAUGCACACGAUUGACUUUCACCACUGCAGUGCAGGAGGCAACGGGUUCCCGCAGCGCCGCGUGUCGCUGGUGAAACAUCUGGCUGCCCAAUGUCCUUCAGGUGAAGUGAAAAACAGCCGCGUUGUGGCCACUUGAGGCUCCUCAAUCAUUGAAGAAUGAAGACUAGAAAGAUUAGAGUGUUAGUUUGAGAUGUAUUUCUUUACAUAUACUUUCCAAUUAUUUUUUAAAUGUUUGCCACAGAUCUAUAAAGAAUAUAUAGGUACAUAUAAAUAUAUGUAGCCUUAGUUUGAUUAGAAUGUAUUUUCAAACUAGAAACAAAAAGGGCAAACUGUUUACAAAAUAUGAGAUUUUCAUAAGUAAAUAUUACAUAAGACUUUUGAAUUUCUAAUAAAGGGGUAGAAUUCUAAGAUGUAUUGAAUAAAUGCUCUAUUUUUACGUGUGAUCUGGUUGGAUAUUCCCCUGUCCGCAGUCACAGAUGAGACGGCUGUGUUUUCCUUUGGCAGAACUUUUACAGCACUGGGACAGCAUCCAAAUCCAUCGUAAAAAAAGGAACUUUUUUUGACUUGUUUUUUGCAAAUACUUCUAUGUACAUUCAUUGCAUAUGUUUUAUUUGAUAUUUUGUACUGACCUGCAAUGGCGCUUUUCCUGUACUUUAAAUCUUGUUGUGAAUAGGGGCAUGCGCUGUGCUACUGUGGAUCGACUAUGUUCUAAAUAUCUGCAUCUGACUUUCUGUCCUGGUGUUAUGGCAGAACAAUGACCCCCCCGACCCCCUUGUAGACUGUAAUCGUGUGGACAUCGGAUAUCAUGUAACAUUGCACUGAACCUUUUUUGCACUAAUUGCUUCACAUUGUGUAAACUGAUAUUCGAACACCUGAUAAGAAUGGUAUUGUCUUUUUGCUUUUUUUUAAUUUGAUAACCCAAAGAAGUUGAAUGAAGCCAUUAAUCAGUCAUGGGAGACUUUAUGUGACUAAGUAUGUGUUGUCACUGUACAUAUACACAUUUAACCCUUUGAAACCUAAGCAAAUCAGUUUGAUUUCCUUCAAAAACAUGGGAAGAAGGCAAUGAGUGAC